AUGUUCAGACUUAUCGACUGGUGGCUCAGACCAGCCUGCAGAGCUGCAGUCACCCUUCAUGCCCCCCUCCCCUCCCUGCUGAUGAUCGUGCUCCAGCUCCUACCUGGGUUCAGUUUGGCCAGCGUGGCUGGAAUGUAUCUGGCUCAGAGCUAUGAUGCACCAAACCUGGCUAAAAAACUCAAAGAAAUUAAAAAGGACUUGAUGUCAGGAAGAAAGAAACCCCCUAGUUCGUGA